GUUUAGAAGAUUCCAACCCUAGUUCUGGCCAGAGCAUUUCACGUGCAAUCACAUUGUGACAUGCGAACGACAACCUGGUUGCAAUGUAUCACAGACAACCACAAGGUGACUUUUAACUCACAACUUCAUCACAGCAAUCAUGUUGUAAUGUUUAACCUACAACGGUGUCACAACAGUGAGUGAAAACCAUGUUGAAACAUCAGCUUUUAAGACUGCUGUGUGACGUUUAAAUGAAAAUAAUGUGACAUUACCCUGAUUUUUAUCACAAAUCUUGCUAUAUUUCGUUUUUUUCUUAAACUUCCAAAUUCCGGAGUCAAGUGGUUGCAUAAGAAUUGUGGCCUUCACUGAAAAAUGGAAGUUUCUAGCCCUCAUGGUUGGUCUGAAAGCAUUGAAAAUUUGAACCUUAAAGUCUCAAAAAAUAGAAGACAAAUAUAAAGAACCCAAAAUGUAUUAUUUUGUAAAAUCUCUUUAUUUUUCAGCUAAGUUCCUGAUUUUUAGGGGCCUGACUCAAGAUUUUUUGAAUGCUUAGGGUUGGUAAUGCAGGAUAUUUUGAAUCAAAAUAUGCCACAGAUGGACCAUAAAUGUUUAUAAUAACUGUGUAUUCCCCAUAAGGUGUCUAUCUUCUAAGUAAAAAGCAGUGUCUGCGCCUCCUGUACAAUGCAGUGCAUAUAUCGUCUAUAAUACUGUGCAUGGCCUUAUGUAUGUCUCCUGUACAGAGCGAUGUAUCUCUGUUCCUCUAAUAGUGUCUCUACAUAUUGUUAUUAUCAGAUGCAAAGUUUUGGGCUCUGACUUCACCGGGUCAGUCACUAACAUUUAUUUUCUAUUUAUUGAUCGUUAUUAUUAUGAUAAUCCGUCGUGCACACAUCACAGACAGCCGUAGACUAGCCACCACAUUCCCUCCUGCAGCUCGGGCUCUUUUGUGCCCGGAACUCUCCUCGCGGGCUGGGUUGCAGCGGGGAGGACCCUGCUCGUGGGGCUCCGGGCCGGAAGCCUUCUGGGAGUGGGGACGUGUCUCUGCGCUGCCGGGCCGAGCGUGUGGCCGUCUCGAGCCUCUGCCAUGGACUCGGCCAGUCUGGUGGAGGAGCUGCAGCUCCGCGUCCGGGAGCUGGAGGAGGCGCUGGCCAGGGAGCGGGGUGGCGGGCAGGGCCAGCGGGCUCGCAUCGAGAGGAUGAGCCCGGAGGUGAAAGACUCCAACCCCUACAGCCGCCUGAUGGCAUUAAAACGAAUGGGAAUUGUGAAAGAUUAUGAGAAAAUCCGUACCUUUACGGUAGCAGUAGUAGGUGUUGGUGGAGUUGGCAGUGUGACUGCUGAAAUGUUGACAAGAUGUGGCAUUGGUAAGCUGCUACUGUUUGAUUAUGACAAGGUGGAGCUGGCGAACAUGAACAGGCUCUUCUUCCAACCUCAUCAAGCUGGACUAAGUAAAGUGCAGGCAGCGGAGCAUACUUUGAGGAAUAUUAAUCCCGAUGUUCAGUUUGAAGUACAUAACUACAAUAUCACAACAGUGGAUAACUUCCAACAUUUCAUGGACAGAAUAAGUUAUGGUGGGUUAGAAGAAGGGAAACCUGUUGAUCUUGUACUGAGCUGCGUGGACAACUUUGAAGCUCGUAUGGCAAUUAACACUGCCUGCAAUGAGCUGGGACAAACAUGGAUGGAAUCUGGAGUGAGUGAAAAUGCAGUCUCAGGACAUAUACAACUUAUCAUACCUGGUGAAUCUGCUUGUUUUGCGUGUGCUCCCCCACUUGUAGUUGCUGCCAAUAUUGAUGAAAAAACAUUAAAACGAGAGGGAGUUUGUGCCGCCAGCCUUCCUACUACUAUGGGAGUAGUUGCAGGGAUUCUUGUACAAAAUGUUCUGAAAUUUUUAUUAAAUUUUGGUACUGUGAGUUACUAUCUUGGUUACAAUGCGAUGCAGGAUUUCUUUCCAACUAUGGCCAUGAAACCAAACCCACACUGCAAUGACAAAAAUUGCAGGAAACAGCAGGAAGAAUACAAGUCUCUUCAGGAAAAAAAGGCUGCACAACCAAAACAAGUAGUAGUUGAACAGGAAGAAGAAAUAGUUCAUGAAGACAAUGAUUGGGGUAUUGAGCUGGUAUCGGAGGUUUCAGAAGAGGAACUGAAGGCUGCUUCUGGUCCACUUCCUGAUCUUCCAAAUGGAAUAACAGUAGCAUAUACCAUACCAAACAAGGAAGAGAAUGUUGUAGCUGGGGAAACAACAGUGGCAGAGUCUGAGGAAAGUCUAGAAGAACUCAUGGCCAAGAUGAAGAACAUGUAGGCAAAUGGAAUAUUGAAUUUAACAUUUGGGAUCUUGCACUAGAGCUGAAUCGAGAAAUAUCACAAGAAAAAGUCCUGUAAGAAAUUCCUUUCUUAAAACUUGAACUUUUGGUAAAACAGAACUAUAAAAACUUGGAGAUGCCAUCUCAUAACUGUAUUCUGCUGUCUAUCUAUAUACUGCGUUAAAAUACAAAGUUGUACUGCUGUAAGUUUAUUUCUCCUCAUGCUAGGGUCCAAAUCUCUAGGGAAAAUUAAAGAUAAUAGACAAACUGACACAAAAAAGGUAAGCAUUGCACAUGAUGUGGAAUGAUAUUCCACAUGUUGGCAAUAUGGGGGAAAUUAAAGGUGGAGUAACCUUAUCUGGAUGGAGUGGUCCAGGGGAUUGAUAAUGGAGUCUUUAACAUGUAUAUUGCUUCAAAUGUAAACCAGAUUCGUGGCAGUUGUAAGCAUCCAGCUGGCUACUGUUCAAUGGGCUAUGUUGUCUAAGUUUGUAGUGUGGCUGUACCUGUUUUGUGGGUAAAUGGACGGCUUCAAUCUUUUCAUAGGCCAUAAAUUUCACUA